AUGAUCUCUACGAGAGAUAUAAGACUGCAUACGAGUACAACAUACGGAGUAGCAUUCCAUAGGCAACAAAUAAACAAACCUCGCAAACAGGCGCUGUCACCGCCGGUGCCUAACUCCGCAGGCUCCUCAACUUGCAUAAAACUCGGCAUCUUCCGCAUCGAGGCCGACAUGAUCGUAAGGGGAAUUUUCCGUGGGGCUUAUACGCACGAUACCGGUGUGACCACCAAAUUAAAGUUCGAGUUCACCCCAAUUCGGCGUCGUGACAUUUGCGACACUUCCAGGGUUGCAUCAUGA